AUGACGGCGUGGAAUCUCUUCCGCAUCGCGGGAGACUUCUGUCACCUGGCGUCCAAAUUCAUCCUCAUGACCUCGAUACACCGCAAUCGAAGUGCCGAAGGCGUCUCUUUCAUCACCCAAGUGCUCUACUGCGUUGUCUUCCUCGCCCGCUACACCGAUCUAUUCGGCCGCGGCCAAUAUGUCUACAACAUAAUAUUCAAGAUCUUCUACAUCCUGUCCUCAUUCUACAUCAUCGGUCUCAUGCAAUGGGUCUUCCCCCGGACUCGAGAGAAGGAGCUGGCCUGGAAGCUGGGUGCAGCGUGCUUCUUCGGCGGUCUGCUCCUGUCGCCGUUUACCAUGUUGAUCUUCCAAGGAAAGGAUGAAUGGAGCAUGUUCUACUGGCUUUGGAACCUCUCGUACAUCCUCGAGUCCGUCUGCGUCCUCCCGCAGCUCCUCCUCCUCCGCCAGACCAGCGUUCCCACCGUCAUCGACAGCUACUACCUACUCGCGCUGGGUCUGUACCGCGGUCUCUACGUCCUGAACUGGCUGGCGCGCGAGCUCGACAUCCAGGACAUCAAGCCCAAGCCCGUGCAGAUCAUCUUCGGCCUGAUCCAGACGGCCCUGUACGUCGACUUCGCGUGGGUAUAUUACACCCGCCAGCGCGUCAAGCUCCGCAGCGGCGGCGUCGUCGACGCGGACGACAUGCGCCGGAGCUGGCUGCUGCGGCGCAUCUUCGGCAAGCACGUUGACACCCAGGGCGGGCGCGGCGGGGACGACGACGAGGAGAGCGCUCCCGCUCUCGGGAACGGGCGCGGCCCGAAGCGGUCCGCCUGGGGCCGUAGGGGCAUCUCGGUCAGCGCGGACGACGGGGUCUUGGGCGGGGACGCAGAGGCGUUCAGCGAGGAGGAGCACGGCAUCCUGGGCGCGGACGGCGAGUCGGUCGACCCUGAUGCCAAGAUGAAGGAUCCCGACGAGCUUGCCCUGGCCCUGGAUGAUGACGAUGACGAGGGGGGAGGCAGCUCCGGUAGCUCGAGGGUACCUGCUGAUGUUAGGGGCGGUGAUGAGUGGCGCGACUAG